GAAAUCUCCCAGCGAGGACAAACACCAUCAACAGCAUUUCUCUGAAACACGGCUCCAAUCUCUUCUUUGUCAUGAAUGACACGCUGAGGAUUGCCCUGUUGGGGAAAACUGGAUCUGGGAAGAGCAGCCUGGCCAACACCAUCUUUGGGAAGGAAGUCUUCAGACCCAAACAAUUUACCAGCUCAGAGGAGGCUCGCUGUCAGGGAGAGACGGGACACGUUCAUGGCAGGAGCCUCACUGUGAUCGACACUCCUGGCUUUUUCCAUUCUGGUCUGUCUGAGAAGGAGCUGAAGGGUGAGAUAGUUAGGUGUGUCUCAGAGUGUGCUCCUGGGCCUCAUGCUUUUCUUCUUGUGCUGAGAGUGGAGAAGUUUACGUCACAGGAGGAACAGGUCAUCAGGAACAUAGAGGACUAUUUCUCUGCUGAUGUUUUUAAGUAUUCUGUAGUCGUUUUCACACACGGCAACCAGUUGGCUGAUGAAAUGAAGAUCGAGGAGUUUAUUGAACGAAAUCGACAACUGAAAGAUCUGGUGGCAAGGUGCGGAGAGAGGUGCCAUGUCGUUGAUAAUAAAUACUGGAAAAACAACCAGCAGGACGAGACCAGAAGCAACCGGUUCCAGGUGGCGCAGCUGAUCAACACCAUUGAAAAGAUGGUGACAAAAAACAAUGGCGGCUGCUACACCACCAGCAUGCUGAAACACCGGCAGAAAGAACAAGUAUUAGUCUGCCGUUUGUUUAGGAGUUUGGUCACAUAUACAAGAGAUUACCAUGUGUUCAUUUUUGGUUUGGUGUUUGCAAGUGGAAUUAUUCUGUGGAGAAGAUGGAGUGAACAUCCUACACAGAUCAUGUAGGGCCAGAUGAUUCUUGAAUUGGUUUAAAUCAGUCCGUUUCAUCAAUCAGUUUAUCAGUUUCCAGCAUUUGAUUAAUUCUCUGCAGCUUGUCUCCCCUGACAGUAAAGCAGCAUGUGACUGUAAACCUUAACGUACAGUCAGAGUUUACAUUGUUGGCCAAAGGCUUCCUUGUUUAAAUGUUGCAGUACUAAAACUGAGGCUUUUCAGGGUAAAAAUCAACAUCUUUAGUCCGACCGAAGGUGUUCU